UCCAUAAAAUAAUAACACACCCGAAUCAGAUUGGCAUUUCUUCUUUGGAGUAAACGCUACUAAACUUUUCUGCAUCUCUUCGUAUCGCCGCCGCCCUCUCAUCUCCGAAUCUUCAUUAUUUUCAAAGUAGCAGCAGUCUGUUUCAGAAAUGGCAGAUGAUGAAUAUCGCUGUUUUAUUGGUAACUUGUCAUGGUCAACUUCUGAUCGAGGAUUAAAAGAUGCAUUUGAGAAGUUUGGAAAUCUUGUUGAUGCAAAGGUUGUACUUGACAAGUUCUCUGGCCGAUCUCGUGGAUUUGGUUUUGUUACAUUUGAUGAAAAGAGAGCAAUGGAAGAUGCCAUUGAAGCAAUGAAUGGAGUGGACUUAGAUGGUCGUGAUAUUACUGUAGACAAAGCCCAGCCUGACAAAGGUUCAGGUAGAGAUUUUGAUAGUGAUCGACCUCGUGACCGUGAACGUGACCGAGAUCGGGGUCGCGAUCGCGAUCGUGGUAGCCGUGAUUAUGGAGGUGGACGGGGAUCUGGUGGUGGUGGAGACUGCUUUAACUGUGGUAAGCCAGGACACUUUGCCAGAGAAUGCCCUAGUGAAGGGGGUAGAGGUGGUCGGUAUGGUGGCGGUGGCGGAGGUAGUAGAAGCAGUGGCUAUGGACCCGAUAGGAACGGAGAUCGAUAUGGAAGCCGCAGCGGCAGAGAUGGUGGUGGUCGUGGAGGAGGUGAACGGUUUAGCCGUGAUCGUUCCGGACCAUACGAACGUCGCAGUUCUGGAGGCUCUCGAGCUGGCUGAUGCUUUAAGUUGUGCUGAAGAGUUAGAAGUCCUACAAGCUGGAUGCAAGUGAUUUGAUGUAUGUCUACUUGGUGCUGUUUCCCUGGCCUGAGCCAACAAAAUGGAUGAAUCGUUUGAGCUCAUGAAACCUGGCUCUUAUAAACUACUGUUCUAUGUCCGUAAAUGUUCGAUAAUACAGUUUGAUUGGGAUUUUAUGCUUGCUUAAUUUGCAAAUUUGAAUAUGGCCUUACACUUUGAAUGCCACUAUGGUUGCUGGUUAUUUGCUUACUUGGUUUGGAAAUUUGGAAACCAUUGUGUGGUGCUGGAUUUAUAAUGCUUUCUUGCAUGGCAAUCGCACCUCUGAAACUUUGCCUUGUGAUUGAUGGGUCUGAUGAAUUGCCUGAAUUUAGUACUGGUGAUAAAAAAUCUGGGCCAGCAGGUGUUCAUGUCUAAUUGGAUUGUAGAACUGGAUUAGGAGUGGCCUUUGUUGUGUUCUUGUAAAAUCUCUUUAACAGUUAAUGGGAGUGAACCGGGUAAUUUAUUCCGUUUUA